GUCUCUGGCCAAGCGAUAGAGCUGGUGUUCCUCGUUGAUUCAUCGUCGUCUGUUGGUGCAGAUAAUUUCCUCGACGAACUGAAGUUCGUUAAGAAGCUCCUCGCUGACUUCACUGUCUCCUACAACCAAACCAGGGUCGCCGUAAUCACUUUCAGUAGUCAAGACAGGGUUAAGGUAGAGGUCGACCACGUAUCUUCCCCACACCCACACAACCACAAGUGUGUGCUGCUCGAGUGGCAGAUGCCCAGGAUUCGCUUCAUGGGAGGCGGUACAUACACCAUGGGUGCCAUGCUGGAGGCCCAGCGCGUGCUGGCUGCGUCUCGCCGCGACUCAGUGAAGGCCGUGUUCCUGGUCACCGACGGCUACAGCAACGGAGGCGACCCCCGGCCUGCUGCUGAGGCGCUCAAGCGACAUGGCGUCACUAUCUUCACCUUCGGCAUUAGGAAUGGCAAUGUCGAGGAGCUGUACGACAUGGCGUCGCACCCCCGAGAGGAGCACUCCUACAUCCUAGAGUCUUUUGAGGAGUUCGAGGCUCUGGCCAGGCGAGCUUUGCAUGAGGAUCUACAGACGGGCUCGCUAGUGGACCAGAACCCCCAGGCGUGCUCGUCGUUGUGCCCCGCGGAGGACGGAGGUUCCUGCUGUGAUGUGCACGCCACGUGUACAUGUGGCACUCACACCGGGCACUACUUGUGUACCUGCCAGCCGGGGUACUAUGGUACCGGCCUACGAGGCAACUGCAAGC